UUCUUAUAAAACAAGACCAGCGACGAAUCAAUAAGAAAUAAAAAGACUGCGUACGGCAUAUGGUUUUGUCAUUCAGCGGAGCGCAUGGGCGAUGGAUUCAACCACUGACACUAGUCCCUGUUACCUAAUCGAUUUCAUCGCCAACUUGAUCAUUAUAACCAACAAGAACACCAACAAUGUUUCGACUCUCUCUUUCCACUCCCUGCUUCUUUAGCUCGAUUCUCUGCCUUCCACAGAAGCCCUGCAACGCAUUUUACGCUAUGAGGAACCAUACGGCGUCGUUCUCUUCUUCUUCUUCUUCUUGGUACUCAAACAAGCUCUUGUUUCGCCAGCUUUUCGAGAAGGAAUCCUCUACCUAUACCUAUUUGCUCGCCGACGUCGCUCACCCUGAUAAGCCUGCUCUGUUGAUUGACCCGGUUGACAGGACAGUAGACAGAGACCUCACCCUUGUGAAAGAACUAGGGCUGAAGCUAAUUUAUGCCAUGAACACCCAUGUACAUGCUGAUCAUGUAACAGGAACUGGCUUGAUAAAGACUAAGGUUCCUGGUGUCAAAUCUAUCAUUUCAAAAGCAAGCAAAUCAAAAGCUGAUGUUCUUAUUGAAGCUGGCGAUAAGAUACAUUUUGGUGAUUUAUUUUUGGAGGUUCGAGUUACUCCUGGCCAUACUUUAGGUUGUGUUACUUAUGUUACUGGAGAUGCGCCUGAUCAACCCCAGCCAAGAAUGGCUUUCACUGGGGAUGCUUUACUAAUAAGGGGAUGUGGAAGAACCGAUUUUCAGGGUGGAAGUUCACAACAACUCUAUCAGUCAGUGCAUUCACAGAUAUUCACCUUGCCAAAGGAAACUUUGCUCUAUCCUGCUCAUGAUUACAAGGGAUUCACUGUUAGUACCGUUGGAGAGGAAAUGCUAUAUAACCCCAGGCUUACCAAAGACGAGGAAGAGUUUAAGAGUAUUAUGGCAAAUCUAAACCUUCCAUAUCCAAAGAUGAUUGACAUAGCUGUUCCUGCAAACAUGGUCUGUGGGUUGCAAGAUCCAUCUGCAAAGCCUGAUAAGGCGUUGUCAAAAUAGAAAUAGUCAGGUCCAAGUUUAAGCAAUCUGCGUCUUCUACAAUUUUUACUUGCAGAUAGAAAGGGGCUUUGUCAAAGCCUGUGGCUUAUCAAACAGUGAGUUAAUAUACAGGCACAUUCCUGUCACAAUAAACGUCACCUAAAGAAACUAAGUACUGCAACAAUAAGUUCAAGAUAAAGGCUUGUUCGUCAGCAUCACAGGAUAAAUUGGUUGCCAAAAUGCAGGUCUCUGUACAAUACUUCCCUUGGUUAAGGAUUUGCAUUGUGUUGUGGCUGACUGACUUAGAUGAUAUUUUGUCUUGCGUUGUUCCGUAGCAUCUUUGUGUAAUAAAAAGCUAUUGGUGUGGCUGUCAGAAAAUUAUCAUUAAAGUUGAUUAUAAAUCGGUUCUUGUUAUUA